CCACGUAAUACCGCCAAUCCCAACUCUGUGGCCGUUGGGAAUUCGUAUGCCAAUUCCCAUGAUCUCAUUUCACUCUCACUUUCUCUCAUCACACUCCUAUAAAAUCUUCAAGUUGCCUACCCUGUUUUUCCAAGAGACAAACCUCGCAAACAAUUUCGGUUUUGAUUCAGUUUCACUUCUUCUUCUUCUUCCUUCAAACCCUCCAUUAAUUUGAUAGCAAGCUUUCGACUUGUGCUGCAAUCAAUGGCUGCUUCAAUCUCAACAACCAUCGGAGCUGUCAGAGCACCGUUAAAGUUAAAUAGCUCAGGUGCAUCAUCUUCAUUUCCGAGCUCUGCUUUCUUACGCAAGAAUUUGAGGAAAGUGAGCUCCAAAACAAGGAUUUCGUCUGGGAAUUUCAAAGUCGCUGCAGAAUAUGAUGAAGAAAAGCAGACCUCAAAAGACAGAUGGGGAGGACUUGUCACUGACACUUCAGAUGAUCAGCAGGACAUCACCAGAGGCAAGGGGAUGGUGGAUACUCUGUUCCAAGCUCCUACAGGUUGUGGGACUCACGAUGCCAUCAUGAGCUCUUACGAUUAUAUCAGCACUGGUCUUCGCCAGUACAAUUUGGAUAACAUCAUGGAUGGCUACUACAUUGCUCCAGCUUUCAUGGAUAAGCUUGUUGUUCACAUCACUAAGAACUUCUUGAACCUGCCAAACAUCAAGGUUCCUCUUAUUUUGGGUGUCUGGGGAGGCAAAGGUCAAGGAAAGUCAUUCCAAUGUGAGCUUGUCUUUGCCAAAAUGGGAAUCAACCCUAUUAUGAUGAGUGCUGGAGAACUGGAGAGCGGAAAUGCAGGAGAGCCAGCAAAACUGAUCAGGCAAAGGUAUCGCGAAGCAGCAGAUAUCAUCAGCAAGGGAAAAAUGUGCUGCCUCUUCAUUAAUGAUUUGGAUGCAGGAGCUGGACGACUUGGUGGAACUACUCAAUACACUGUCAACAAUCAAAUGGUGAAUGCUACUCUUAUGAAUAUUGCUGACAAUCCUACCAAUGUCCAACUCCCUGGUAUGUACAACAAGCAGGAGAAUCCCCGAGUUCCCAUCAUAGUCACUGGUAAUGACUUCUCCACAUUGUACGCCCCUCUCAUCCGUGAUGGGCGUAUGGAGAAAUUCUACUGGGCGCCUACUCGUGAAGACAGAAUUGGUGUCUGCACAGGAAUUUUCAAGACCGAUAAUGUUCCUACUGAUGACAUUGUCAAGCUUGUCGACGCGUUCCCUGGACAAUCUAUUGACUUCUUUGGUGCCCUCAGGGCAAGAGUUUAUGAUGAUGAAGUGAGGAAGUGGGUUGCUAGUGUUGGAGUAGAAGGUGUUGGGAAGAGGCUUGUCAACUCAAAAGAAGGACCCCCAACUUUCGAACAACCAAAGAUGACACUUGCGAAGCUCCUCGAGUAUGGAAACAUGCUUGUGCAAGAGCAGGAGAAUGUGAAGAGAGUGCAACUGUCUGACAAGUACUUGAAAGAGGCAGCUCUUGGAGACGCCAAUGACGAUGCCAUCAAGAGUGGCAACUUCUAUGGCAAAGCAGCCCAACAGAUACACAUUCCUGUCCCUGAAGGCUGUACUGAUCCAUCUGCUGCAAACUUCGAUCCCACAGCUAGGAGCGACAACGGGAGCUGCUUAUACCAAUUUUAGAGUUGUAAUAUAGGAAUUCAGUAUAUAAUAGAAUGAAUGUGCAGCCAUUUUCAUGAGUCAAGUCAGCAGGUACAUGUGUUCAGCCCCAAUUCAAGCUUACUAUCAGUUAAGUUUUAAGGUAAUGGAUUAGACUGUUUCUACACGAUUCUGAGUUUAAUGAAAAGUAGUCAAAUACCAUAAACAUAGAGAAGUGUGCAACUAAAUUCAAGCU